AUGUCUACCAGGCUCCUCACACCCAGACUCUCCUCCUCUGCGCGUCUGCAGCGCCUCCCCCGGACCCAGAUCCGGACCAAGGCCACUGCCCCCUUCAGACUUCCCGAUGCGCGGAACGAGCCCAACCCCACCUACGUAAAAGGCUCCCCCGAACGCACCAAGAUCGAAGCCGCCCUCAAGACCCUCCGCGCCCAACUCCCCGUGCAAAGCUCCAUCUACUACAACGGCAAGGUCCAAGCCGCCUCGACAUCAUGGGACCAGCCUCUUCCCGCCGAGCACGCCACAACCUUCACAAACUACCCCGUCGCGUCGAAGGAGCAGGUCUCUGCGGCCAUUGAGUCCGCCCUCAAGGCCAAGAAGGACUGGGAGAACACGCCGUUCGUCGACCGCGCCGCUAUCUUCCUCAAGGCUGCAGAGUUGGUGACCGGCAAGUACCGCUACGAGCUGAUUGCCGCGACGAUGCUGGGCCAGGGGAAGAACAUCUGGCAGGCGGAGAUUGAUGCCGCCGCUGAACUGGCGGAUUUCUUCCGCCUCAAUUGCAACUUUGCGGCGGAGUUGUUGGAGCGUCAGCCGACCAGGGGGACCGAUGGGAUGUGGAGCCGCAUGGAAUACCGCCCCCUCGAAGGCUUCGUCUACGCCGUCUCUCCCUUCAACUUCACCGCGCUGGGCGGCUCGCUCCUCUCGGGCCCCGCGCUCAUGGGCAACGUUGUCCUCUGGAAGCCCUCGCCUUCCAACAUCUACGCCAGCAGCCUGAUCUACAAGAUCCUGCUGGAAGCCGGCCUCCCCCCAGACGUCGUGCAAUUCGUCCCCGGCGACGCCGAGCAGAUCACCGACAUCGCGCUGGCGCACCGCGACUUCGCAGGCCUCAACUUCAUCGGCUCCUCCGACGUCUUCCGCUCCAUCUACGCGAAGAUCGGCGAGGGCAUCGGAAACAAGACGUACCGCGAGUUCCCCCGCGUCGUCGGCGAGACCUCCGGAAAGAACUUCCACCUUGUCCACAACACCGCUGAUAUCCCGAGCGCGGUCAACCACACCAUCCGCGGCGCAUUCGAGUACCAGGGGCAGAAGUGCUCUGCCACAUCGCGCGCGUAUAUCCCCGCCUCUCGCGCCGAGGAGUUCAUCUCGCUGCUCAAGGCCGGCGUGCAGGAAAUCACCAUCGGAAACCCCGAUAAAGAUCUCGACGCCUUCAUGGGCCCCGUCAUCCACCGCCGCUCCUUCGACAAGAUCAAGUCCAUCAUCGACGAGAGCAACGCCGAUCCCUCGCUCAAGCUCAUCGCCGGCGGAUCCUACGACGGCACUACCGGCUUCUACGUCAAUCCCACCGUCUACCAGACAGACUCGCCCACCCACCGCCUCUUCAACGAGGAGAUCUUCGGCCCCGUGCUCGCGGUGUACGUGUACCCGGACAACGAGUGGAGUGAACUCCUCGGCCAGGUCGAUGCGGCGGGCGGCGGGUUCGCGCUCACGGGUGCGGUCUUUGCAAGUGAUCGGAAGGUCAUCCGCGAGGCGGAGGACGCGCUGCGCUACAGCGCCGGCAACUUCUAUAUCAACUGUAAGACGACGGCGGCGUUGAUCGGGCAGCAGAGUUUUGGCGGGGCCAGGGCGAGCGGUACGAAUGAUAAGGCCGGGUCUUCGGAUAUUCUGAGGCGGUUUACGAGCCCGCGUAUGAUUAAGGAGGAGUUUUUCCCGUUGGAGGGGUUCAAGUAUCCUAGUAACGAGUAG